CCCUCCCUCCCACGCCGCGCUCCGCCUCCCGCUCCUCUGCACGCCGCGGCGCCGCCGUCUCCGUCCCCGCCGCGCCCUUCGCCAUGAUCAUCUCCAAGAAGAACCGCCGCGAGAUCUGCAAGUACCUCUUCCAGGAGGGAGUCUUGUACGCCAAGAAGGACUACAACCUGGCCAAGCACCCCCAGGUCGAUGCCUCGAACCUCGAGGUCAUCAAGCUCAUGCAGAGCUUCAAGUCCAAGGAGUACGUCAGGGAGACCUUCUCGUGGCAGCACUACUACUGGUACCUGACCAACGACGGCAUUGAGUUCCUCCGCACCUUCCUCAACCUGCCGUCUGAGAUCGUGCCCAACACCCUCAAGAAGUCCGCCAAGCCCCCGUCCCGCCCCUUCGGCUCUGGCCCACCCGGUGACCGCCCCAGGGGUCCUCCUCGUUUUGAGGGUGACAGGCCUAGGUAUGGUGACAGGGAUGGUUACAGAGGAGGCCCACGUGGUGCUCCUGGUGAUUUUGCUGGUGAGAAGGGUGGAGCUCCUGCUGACUACCAGCCAGCUUUCAGGGGUGCUGGUGGUGCCAGGCCCUUUGGCCGUGGAGGCGGCGGUGGCACGUUCGGUUCUGGACCUUCCAUGGAGUGAAGAAGCUACACUUCAGCAAAUGGGAGCACCCAACUGGUCUUCAGAUCCAAUGCAAGCGUUGGGUGCUGUCCAAUCUGUUGAUGUUUGAAUUCUGUGAACACCGCGAUGAUUUUGUUUAUCGAGAUUUGUAGCUUAAGACCAUGGUUUAUGGGUUCGUCUGUGUUAGAAUGAGCUCUUUGAUAUUAAGACUGCUGUUGGUCGACUCAGAAUCUAAAGAUGGUCAACUUGCUAUUUAA